GAUGCGACGCUCGCCAUUACCCAGGCUGCCAUUGGGGAGGUGCGCGCGGCGAUUCCAGCUGAGCGGGACAUCAUCGUAGACCUCAUCGUCGAGGCAAUGGCGCAGGACAAGCAGGGAGACCUCGCGCUCACCGGCUGGAGCAAACUACUCAAGCUGGACAACAACUUGUCCAACGGCUCCGUCUACCUCGACCUGUUGAGGGUGCAGUUGUGGAUGCGCAUGCGCAGCGUCCUCGGUUGGCAGCGGCGCGCUGUGCGCGAGGGUGCCGACCGGCAGAAACAAGCCAAUUUCUUACCGCAGCGCGCGCGUCAAUCGCUGCUGGAGGCGCCCGAGAAGCUGAGCAACGUCGCCAAAAAGUUCACGGAGUACCUCGGCGUGCGGGGCAAGCUUGAGGCGGGCGCCAGCAAGCCCGCGCGUUGGGAGACGUGGGCCACGGCGUGGAUUGAGGAGUCCUUCAGUUGCUGCGGCGUGGCAGUCGGGGCCGAUGGGUUCGCGUGCGAAGUGAAGGAGGCACGCGGCCCGCGUGUUCUGCCGGGGGCGACGGCAGCGCAGAUGAAGCACUUCGUCAAGAACAACAUCAAGAAGGAGCUCAAGGUAUCGGCGCAGAUGGGCGUCUUCACGAACGAGAGGGACCAGGUGGUGAAAUAUACCAUGGAAGCGAUGGGCGCGGAGCACGCGGCGGAGUUAGCCUCCGAAGCGGUUCAAUCGGCCCCGACGCAAAUGAUAUUGAACCGAGUCGCGCCGCAGACCAAGCCGACGCCGAGGGGGCCCAAGUCGGACAAGAAGAAGGGGGCGAAGGCCAUCCAGGACGGCGAUAGCAACGAUUAUGACAAGAGCCGCGCUGUGGAGACGCCCUUGCUGCGAGAUUGGUUCGCUCGGCCCUUGAAGAAGGCGAUCACCGCCGCGGCGUCGGAGAAGAUUGCGCAGGCGAUGUUGGCCGAGGGCCCUUGCCCGAGAGGCUGCAAGCUGGCGCCCGACGUCAAGGGGGAGGAGACAGCGAAGGGCGCGAAGAAGACCACGGUCGAUAUCAUUCGCAAGAACGCCCCCAACGCCACCGAGUGCAAGCUCCCAUACUGGGGGAAGGUCGUGGACGGCAGCGUUGCCCUGCACUUGCCGAGGCAGCGGAAGCUUGCGCGCGGAGAUGGGCCAGGCCUCUGGCUCUACGGGGCCCAGUUCCAGAAUGAGCCGCCGAGGAAGAAGCAGCGGAAGUCGGCUCAGGGAGUGGAGCGCAACCCUCUCGAGACGCACGAAAUUCACUUCGAGCCGAUGCCGAUCGAGAUUACAGUGAAUGGCGAGGCUCAGUUAUUCGACUACACCGGGCCGCCCCUGAAGGGCGCCCCCGGCAAGUGCAAGGAUGUGCACGGCACCCCGUGCCACCGCGGCGCGGUGGGCAGCGAUGGGAUGGGCAUCCAGAAGAAG